GAGCAGCCUGAGCCCUCCCGGCAGCCUCUGAUACAAGAUGGCGCCGCAGGAAUCUGUACCCCUUCCUGUCUGAGGGAACGCCAAGUGACCGUCUACCGCAGUGUUCCAGGUAACUGGGGAAGCAUGGCUGGGGAAUGCGGACGUGCCGCCAGCCAUCGGCCUAGCCUUCCCAGCGUCUUUUGAAGCUCCGCGUCGUUCCUCCGGAAAGCAGAGGCUGAGCCCCGGCGGGCGCGAUGGCCGCGGUGGUGGCCAAGCGGGAGGGGCCGCCGUUCAUCAGCGAGGCAGCUGUGCGGGGCAACGCCGCGGUCCUGGAUUACUGCCGGACCUCAGUGUCAGCGCUGUCGGGGGCCACGGCCGGCAUCCUCGGCCUUACCGGCCUCUACGGCUUCAUCUUCUACCUGCUUGCCUCCAUCCUGCUCUCCCUGCUCCUAAUUCUCAAGGCGGGAAGGAGGUGGAACAAAUACUUUAAGUCACGAAGACCUCUCUUUACCGGAGGCCUCAUAGGAGGCCUCUUCACCUACGUCCUGUUCUGGACUUUCCUCUAUGGCAUGGUGCACGUCUACUGAAACGAGGGCAAGGGUGACUUUUAAAAAACGAAUUGGGACGACUGUUGCCACAAGUUAACGCCGUGUAGACUUACUUAAGUUUUUAAAUUGUUGAAUUCGCUGCUUGUUCUGUAACGUUAUAAAUAACUUAUAUCUGAAGACAGAGAGCCUGUAAUAUUCUUCAGAUUAAAUGAAGUGUGAGAUACUUUGUGGAGUUCUUUCCUGCCUUAGUGCAUAGUCUGCCAUGGGUGCACAAUCGCUAAGAUUUGUCUCCUGGAGAGCAUACUUUAGGUCAUGGUCUGUAAUUGCCCUGCAUUUGCAAGUAGGAGGUCCCAGGAGGGGCCACUAGGGAUUAAAAGAAAGCAUUUACUGUUAACAUACUAAUAAAAACUAGUACUUACUAAGUGUUCCCUACACACCAGGCAUUGUGCCUUGUACUUUUUACACCAGUUAUUUCGUUUAAUUCUAACAACUAUGGAGAUGUUAACUAUUAACCCUCUGUUGACAAGGAACCUGAGGCUCAAGUUAAAUACCUCUGCCAGAAGAGGCUCAGCUGAGAAGAGACAGAGCUAGGAUCCAAAUGCAGAUCUCUUACUUCGCUCUUGCUGUAUUGGCUGAGCCCACCAUUUCCUCCCACUAACCAUCACUUCCAAGCAUGAAUGGAGUUAUUUUAGUUCCAUUUCACCUGGUCACAGCUAGUUGUCUUUCUCAUAAGGAAAUAUAAAUUCAAACUGUGUUUUCAGAAUAUGUCUUGUGAAGAUUAAAUAGAUUGGACAUUUAGAAAUGUCUCUGCAUAUAUGUUAAUCCAUGAUCCUUUUUUGUCAGGAGGGUUAUCUUAAAUAUGUAUGUUUAAUUGAGAAAUAUAUAUAGUGAAUGUCAUUCAUGAAAUAUAGUAUAAUUGGGAUUAGCAUUCCUAAUUUCAUAAAUAUUUAAUUAGUAAGGGCUACAAAAAGAGUACAUAAAAGCACCAAACAUAGCCCAGGUUGGGAAUAGGGGUCAAGGAAGGCUUGUUUAAGGAAAUAACAUUACAUCUGGGACCCAAAAGUUGAAUAACAGCAAAGUAAAGGGUGGGGAAAGGACUAUAUGCAAAAAAAAAAGAGCAUGUGGGAGGGCCAAUGGGCAGGAAGGAGUAUGGCCUUUUAUCUGAAGAGUAGAGGCCAUGAGUGUAGACCUGGACCAGAUCAUGAGGGCCCUGGUAUGGAGCUAACCUUGAUCCUAUGAGCAUUUAAGGGAUUUCUUUGGAAGUUAUAGUCAGGAGUGAUAUAAAUCAGAUUUGGAUCUUUUAAAAAAAUAACCAGUUUGAAGUGGCUCAAGUGGUAGAGCAACUGCCUAGCAAGCAUGAGGCCCUGAAUUUAAACCCCAAUACUGCCAGAAAAAAAAGUCAACUUUUAGAUCAGAAGAGAAUAUGAAAGCUGAGUCCAAGACCUGUUUUAAAGACUAUGCCCCAUAAUGGCUCUGGAACCCACUGAAUUCCAUUUUGGGUUCUUGACUACUUGCUUGUACCAUAAGCCAACAAACUGAGGCCACAGCUUUGCCUCCCUGUCCCAAAUAGCCCUUUCUAUGCCCACCACUGAGGAUCCUUGCAUUCAUGAUUUGCACAGCCCAGCACCUUCUUUGAGUGAAGGAGGGCUCAUUCCUGAUGCAGAAGAAGAAGAAAGCAGAGGGACUCGCUGGUGAAGGAGUUGGGAAAAGGAUGAAGGAUUGGUGAGCUGAUUUACUUAACCAUUUCCCUAUUAUGCCUAACAAGUUUGUUGGAAAUGUUCAUUAUUAUAAAAAAAUUACAAUAAUAUUAUAAUUUAUAUCUUUUGAGGGAAUAUAAGCUUCUAGGGCAGAGGAUAAUUUGAUUCCAAUGCUUUCCAGUGUUUUAUCAGCUUACCCUUGCAUGGAAAGCACCAGUUUCAUCAGUAUCUUCCUGGUCUUUAAUGUUAGCUAAUUUAAAGAGUUUCCAUUCUUUCAUUUGAAUCUCUUUGCAAGAUAAUGAGCAAUAAAUUGCUUACUAACUGUUUCUUGUGUCUCUUUGGGUCUCAUCUUCUUACAUUUUCCCUUAAACCAUGGGGUAACCAUGAAGACAUGAAGUGAAUA